AUGACCAAAACAAAGCAGACUAUAGGAGGAAAAUAUGGGUACCCAAGCAUGAACAGUAUGAUUGAACAAAUCAUAGGUCACUGUUAUGCUUGUCAAGUUACCACAAAGCUACACAGGCAGGAACCCGUUAAAGUCACAGACACGUGGGAUGUCAUAGUUGUAGACUUCAGUGCACCAUACCCUGAUGAACAUUACAAUCUAAUGGCCAUGAAGAAGAGAACAAGAUAUCCUGAGGUCGCGAAGACCCACUCAACAACUUCUAAACCAACCAUGGAGAAGCUCAAAACAAUGUUUGCCACUCAUGGCACCUAA